AUGACGACUGCUGUGGACGAGUUAGACGAUGGUCUUGAUUACCAAGUGGACUACAGUUCUGAUGGGGGCGAGACUGUGCCGGUGGAGAUUGAGGAAACAAAGGUGAAGGAGGAUACUGAAGAACAGCCAAAGAAAAGGAAGAGAACCAACGAAAAACUCGUGAACAAGAAGAAGAUGAAGAUGGAGCAAGAUGUCGAGGAGAAGCAGAAGCUUGCCACGGCCACUCCUGAGAUCAUUGCAGAUUUUCUGGCAUCUCGGAUCAGAAAGCAGAACAAAGAUCUUUCUGCUUUAGAGCUAGGUGAGCUCUAUCUUAGCAAGACCGUGUUUAAAGGCACCGGAGAUUUUGACAAGCCACGGACACCAGAAAAUUUGAGUUCUUUCCUCAACGAAUUUUUGGAAAGGUUUAUUCCAGUGGAGAAAAAGAAGAAGGCAAAGAAAUCAAAGACAUCGAAGGAAGAGACCAAGAAAUACAUAGUGGUAGUCUCGAUGUCUGCCUUACGGGCCUGCGACAUAUACAGAGCCACAAAAGCUCUGCCCAAUUCUUCGCUGAAAAUAAUCAACAAGAACAAGCUUCAGGCUGAUUUGGAUAUUUUACGCAAGACAGACUCCAGAAUUCUUGCCGGAACUCCAGGCAGAAUGCUCAAGGUUCUCUCGCAUGAAGACCCGCCCAUAUCGAGCACUGAGAUCGCAUGCAUAGUUUGUGACUCCUCGUAUCUGGAUUCAAAGAAGCAAACGGUUUGGGAGAUUCCAGAGACAAUCGAGUUCUUGAGAAAGGUGACGGGAGAGAACCCAAAUGCGAAAGUGUAUUUGUACUAG